UUCUCGAGAUACAUGUGUCGGAGAAUAAAUAUAUAUGGCCGUCUUCGAUGAGUGAUAUUAGUGAAGAAAUCGGUGGAAUUCGUACGAUUUCUAUGCCUAUUUUAUGUAAUAAUAAAUAAUGUCGUAUAUGUUACAAGAAUAUGAAAUUGAAGAUGAUAUUUCUGACUUGCCUGAUUGGCAAUUGCCCGUUGCAUUCUCUCACAAAAGACAUACAGAAAAAAUUAUUGGUGGUCAUCCAGUUACACAAACAUGGAGGAUGAAAGAAAGAAUGAGAACAGUCAGUGUAGCUUUAGUACUUUGUUUAAAUGUUGGUGUCGACCCUCCAGAUAUCAUUAAAACACAACCUUGUGCAAGACUUGAAUGCUGGAUUGACCCUCUUGGUAUUGCACCCCAAAAAGCACUAGAAGCAAUUGGUAAUAAUUUACAGAAACAGUAUGAACGUUGGCAACCUAGAGCACGAUAUAAACAAAGUUUGGAUCCGACCGUUGAUGAAGUGAAGAAAUUAUGCACUUCUUUGCGUAAGAAUGCCAAAGAUGAAAGAGUCUUGUUUCAUUAUAAUGGACAUGGGGUUCCCAAACCAACUGCUAAUGGUGAAAUAUGGGUAUUCAAUAGAACAUAUACACAAUACAUUCCUUUAUCUAUAUAUGAUUUACAACAAUGGAUGGGAGAACCAUCCAUUUAUGUAUAUGAUUGUUCUUGUGCAGGCCUUAUUGUAGAAUCCUUUAAUCAAUUUGCAAUUCAGCAUGAAAGAGAAUAUGAGUUAGCUGUUGCUAAUAGCAAAGGACAGUAUCAAGGUCCUCCUUUACCUUCUUACAAAAAUUGUGUUCAGUUAGCUGCUUGUGGUCCACAGCAGAUUUUACCAAUGAAUCCAGAUUUACCUGCUGAUUUAUUUACAUCUUGUUUAACUACUCCUAUAAAAGUUGCUCUGCAGUGGUUUGUAUUACAAAAUACAUGUAAACUUGUUCCAGGCAUAACAUUGGAAUUAUUAGAAAAGAUUCCUGGACAAUUAAAUGAUCGGAGAACAAUGCUUGGAGAACUGAAUUGGUUGUUUACAGCAAUAACUGACACAAUUGCAUGGAAUGUAUUACCUAAAGAUAUUUUUCAAAAACUGUUUCGUCAAGAUUUAUUAGUUGCAAGUUUGUUCAGAAAUUUUUUGCUUGCAGAACGUGUCAUGAGAUCUUACAAUUGUAAUCCAAUUUCCUUUCCUCAACUACCAUCAACUUGUCAUCAUCCUAUGUGGAAUGCAUGGGACCUUGCUGUUGAUUUAUGUUUAUCUCAAUUACCAAAGAUUUUGGAAGAUGGAAUUUCAUUUCAUCACAGUUCAUUUUUUGCUGAACAGUUAACUGCUUUUCAAGUUUGGUUAACUUUUUGUACAGAAAAUCAUGGUACUCCUGAACAGCUUCCUAUAGUAUUACAGGUUCUUCUCAGUCAAGUGCACAGGUUAAGAGCAUUAGAGUUACUUGGAAGGUUUCUUGAUUUAGGUCCAUGGGCUGUUAAUCUUGCUCUUUCUGUUGGAAUAUUUCCAUAUGUGUUGAAAUUAUUACAAAGCUCAGCAAGAGAACUUCGUCCACUUUUAGCCUUUGUUUGGGCUAAAGUUAUUGCUGUAGAUAAUACUUGUCAAGCAGAUCUUGUUCGAGAUGGUGGCCAUAAAUAUUUUCUUAAUAUUUUAGCAGAUCCUUAUAUUCCUGCUGAACAUCGAACAAUGGCUGCUUUUGUUAUGUCUUGUAUUGUGCAUAAUUAUCCUUCAGGACAGGAGGCUGCUAUGCAAGGAAAUCUAAUAGCAAUAUGUUUAGAGCAAAUUAAUGAUCCCAAUCCCCUUUUAAGACAAUGGUUAGCAAUAUGUUUGGGAAGAACAUGGUCCAAUUAUGAUGCUGCCCGUUGGUGUGGUGUUAGAGAUUCAGCACAUGAAAAACUAUACACAUUACUAUCUGAUCCUGUUCCUGAGGUAAGGACGGCAGCUGUUUAUGCACUGGGAACAUUCAUUAACAGUUCAACAGAACGAUCAGAUCAUGCAAAUUCUAUUGAUCAUAGUGUUGGAAUCACUCUUAUUAAUUCUGUACUUAAUGAUGGUUCACCUAUUGUUAGAAAAGAAUUAGUAGUGGCACUUCAGUGGCUUGUUUUGGUAUUUGAAAAUCAAUUUGUUGCAGUAGCUUAUCAGUUUUUAGAAGAGGAAAAAGUAAGAGAUACUAUUCAGAGUAGUAAUCCUGUUUUACCGCCAAAUACUGAAAUUUUACAAUCAACUAAUCUACGUAAAGUAGCAUCUAGAGAUCGUCUGAAAGUUCCACCUUCUCCAUUACCUGGAAAUCCUGCUUUAAGCUUAGAUUUAUUAAGCCAUGUUGAUGGCCGAUUAGCAACACCAGCCAGUGAUCGUAUUAGAAGAGUAAACUCUAGUACAUCUUUAAGUAGUUUAAGUGUAAAUACCAAUGUAGGAAGUAGUUAUACUAGUGUUUAUACAAAUAUUUGGAGAGCACUUUUAAUACUAAAUAAUGAUCCUCAUCCAGAAGUUGCUAAUAUGGCUAACCGUGCAAUUAGUUCAAUUAAAAGCAAAGUACAGGUGUUACAUGGAAGUGAUGUAAUUAAAAAUGGCAAAUCCAUAACUUCAUUAUCAUAUUCUGAACCAUCAUCUCCAUCUGGCAAACCAGGUUUCAUAUCGUAAGUAUGCUAAAUAGUUUAUCAAAAAUUAUUUUUUAUCAUCAAAAGAAUACAGUAUUUAAGUAA